UUAAUAUUAGAUUGCGACACCCUGAUGAAGUAAGUGAAAGAUACAAUAAACAACGGGUUAUGUUGUUGCAUGGAAUUAAACGAUCGAUUAGGCCAUAUAAUAUAUAGCCUUUACAGGAUGAGAUAUCUCAACCAACAAGAGGCGAUAAGUGUUGACGAAGAGCUGUUCAAUGAGUACAAGUUCAGCGUAGAUCAGUUAAUGGAAUUGGCUGGUUUAAGCUGUGCCCACGCUAUUGCCGAUGCGUACGCUCCUGAUAGUCUAAAAAGUAACAAAGUGCUCAUCUGUUGUGGACCUGGAAAUAAUGGAGGUGAUGGGUUGGUUGCUGCAAGACAUCUUUCUUUGAUGAACUAUGCGCCUUACGUGUACUACCCAAAGCGUACGGAAAAGGAGUUGUUUAAAAACUUGCAGCAUCAGGCCGAAGUUAUGGGGAUUACUGUGUCAACGGAAUGCCCAGCAGCUGCUUGGGUUGAAACUGAAUUCGGUUUGAUAGUUGAUGCCCUGUUCGGGUUCAGUUUCAAACCACCCGUACGGGAUUCUUUCAUGCCAAUUAUGGAGGUUUUGCAACAGUCUCAAAUACCCAUUGCAAGUAUCGACAUUCCUAGCGGCUGGAACGUGGAGCUGGGCCCGCAAACAAAGAGUGAUAUUAAACCGGCUUGCCUUAUUUCUUUGACUGCUCCUAAAAUGUGCGCACAGCACUUAUUAAACGCCAAACACUAUCUUGGAGGACGUUUUGUUCCGAAAAAGCUGGAAGAAAAAUAUUCGAUGGAAUUGCCCGUCUACCAGGGACGUGAUCUGUUUGUCAGACUUAGCUGAA